UGUUACAUUAUUUCCCAGGAGAGGAGGCGCACACCUGCUGCGUCCGCACACACCAGCUAUAUAAAUAAAGAAUCUGGUUCGUUUCCAUAGGUGUGGUCAUAGAGUUCGUUUAACUUUAUUCGGUUCGACCCGUCGUAUAGGACAUAACCGAAAAGAUCUAGGACAGGUAGACGGGAAGUGAAGAAUGGCUCAGGUUUAUUUCACUGCCUCCAUCGUCGGGUUUCUCUGUUAUCUGUCGGUUCUAAACGCUUGUAAGUGGGACCCGGAGCUCGAGCAGGGUCUGAAUAUCAGCUCAUUUGAUAACGGCGCGGCUUUCCUGGCUUACCUGCCGGAGAUCUCGGACGCAGAGCAGUGUCAGAAUGCUUGCUGUGAGAGGGACGACUGCCAGCUCGCUGUGAUCGGGACCCCAGCGGACGGCAGGCCAGAAUGUCGAUUGGUCAACUGCGUGAAAGACGGCAAAGACGUGUGUGUUUUGACCCAGAGCACACAGUUUAAGGUGUACCGCAAGAUCCUGGAUAGCGCUGAUCAAGAAACUCGAAACGCGGCCGAAGUUCGCUCUGUGAACGGCACAGAUCACUGCCUACUUCCAAGUAUGGUGGGAAAUUGCCGCGCUGCCUUCCCACGAUUUUAUUAUGAUGUCAUCAAUCAGACAUGCAAGCAGUUCGUCUAUGGCGGCUGUGGGGGCAAUGAUAACAACUUUAACACCCAGGAGGAAUGUGAGGCUUCCUGUAGUGGGGUGACAGGUGCUGUGCUCGCGGAAUCUCAUUCCAUUGCUCAACGCAGCAGAAUGUCCGUACCUGAAAACAACAUUGACACUGUACCUCUUCCUGAAAUGACUUCAGAGGAAUUCCAGGAGAAGUGUCUGGCUUCUGCACAGUCUGGACUCUGCAGAGCCGCCUUUAGACGCUAUUACUACAACAAUGGCACCUGUCAACUAUUCAUCUAUGGAGGUUGUGGGGGCAACCAGAACAAUUAUAAAACUGAGGAAUCAUGCAUGACAACCUGCACAGUGAAGGUCAUUCCUAGCAGCAAGAAGGAGCCUGCCAUUUCCACUUCUCCUUACAGCAUGCACAGCUUUGAAGAAACCUGUGCCGUGCCAUCCGACUCUGGCCCGUGCCGUGCAGCCUUCCAGAAGUUUUACUUUGAGUCCAGCACUCAUUCUUGUAAGCCCUUCAUCUAUGGAGGCUGCGCGGGAAACCUAAACCGCUACAACAGUGAGGAAGAGUGCAUGGCAGCUUGCUCCGGGAAAGAUGGCCGUUUUGAUGGACAUGGACACAACAAACGUAACCGCUGGACUCCAGCUUUCUUUCUAGUGGCCACCCUGGCCAUCAUGUCUGCCCUACUUCUGGUAGGUUUGAUCCUGAUCGCGGUGCGCAGAAACGCCCACAGGAGGUCCUUCAUACUGGAUGAUAAGGAGGAGUUACUGCCUGAAGAGGAGCAGGUGUCCUAUGAGAAGCAGCCCAAAGUAGAAUCAUGCUAAAGCUAGAGACCUUUCAGUGUCUGGUACAAACAUCCAUCUCAUGGCACUCCAACAUUCAGCUGAAUUAAAACUACAAAGUUUCAUUAAACUUCCAAUUUGACUACAUUUUGGUAGAGGUUCCAAAUUAGCAUACGUAGAACAUAAUACAUGUGCACGUUUUGCAAACAUGUGCAUUAGUCACACAUAAGACAUGUGAAAUUAACUAAGAAUAAAGUUUGUUUCAGUUUUUAAAAGAGAUAUUUUUAACUGUGGGAUAUGUUGCACUAAAAAUUGGUAAGUUGGUUGAAAUACUUCUGUUACCUUCUUUGACAUCUGUCAUUUUUUAUGGUUAGAAUCCUACAUAGUAGAAGUAAAUUAGCUUUCAGGGAUGUAUUUAUUUUCACAACCAUAAUGAAUAAUAAAGUGGUUUCCCUUAAGUUUUUUCUUACAUCACAAUGUAUAUGUAUGUAUGGAUUUAUACAUAAGAAUAACUGAAUAAUGAGUUCAUUUUUAUGGGUUUAUAACACUCAUGUCACAUUUUUAUUGAGAAUGAUUCUAUGUAAGUCAUUAAACCUUUGCUACAGUUCAUAGCCUUGUUCUUUGAUUGUAAGCAUAUAUAAAAAUUCAGUAGAUAUGAGAACAUAAGAAUGCAAACAUGAGAAAAUACAAUGAUACCAUAAUAGAAAAUGUUUUAAAUAUAAACAUAAACUAUCCUGUAGUAGCUACUGCAGACUUUUGUUGACUAAUUUGCCCACCAAUGAAUGGUCUGUAUGUGACAUGUAAUUCAUGCCAGCCUAUAGUUUUUUAAAAAGCAUUGUUAUUUUAAAAUCUUUAACAAUAAAGGUAAUUUAUUCA